AGCCGGAGCGCGAGGAGCAGCUGGGUGGGCACCAUGGCCGGGAUCACCACCAUCGAGGCAGUGAAGCGCAAGAUCCAGGUUCUGCAGUAGCAGGCGGAUGACGCAGAAGAGAGGGCCGAGCGCCUUCAGCGGGAAGUGGAGGGAGAAAGGCGGGCCCGAGAGCAGGCUGAGGCUGAGGUGGCUUCCUUGAACCGCAGGAUCCAGUUGGUGGAAGAGGAGCUGGAUCGUGCUCAGGAGCGCCUGGCCACUGCCCUACAAAAGUUGGAAGAAGCAGAAAAAGCUGCUGAUGAGAGUGAGAGAGGUAUGAAGGUUAUUGAAAACCGGGCCUUAAAAGAUGAAGAAAAGAUGGAACUCCAGGAAAUCCAACUCAAAGAAGCUAAGCACAUUGCAGAAGAGGCAGACAGGAAGUAUGAAGAAGUGGCUCGUAAAUUGGUGAUUAUUGAAGGAGACUUGGAACGCACAGAGGAACGAGCUGAGCUGGCAGAGUCCCGUUGCCGAGAGAUGGAUGAGCAGAUCAGACUGAUGGACCAGAACCUGAAGUGUCUGAGUGCUGCUGAGGAAAAGUACUCUCAAAAAGAGGACAAAUAUGAGGAAGAAAUAAAGAUUCUCACUGAUAAACUCAAGGAGGCAGAGACCCGUGCUGAAUUUGCUGAGAGAUCGGUAGCCAAGCUGGAAAAGACAAUUGAUGAUUUGGAAGAUAAACUGAAAUGCACCAAAGAUGAGCACCUCUGUACACAAAGGAUGCUGGACCAGACUCUGCUUGACCUGAACGAGAUGUAGAGCACCCCAGUCCCGCCCUGCCGCUGCUCCUCCCUCUGACCCCGACUCCACCUGAGGCCAGCUUGCCCGGAGCUGACCUCUACACUGAGGGCUGAUCUUUUAACUGGAAGGCUGCUUUCUCCUUUUGCCACCCACCUCCUCUGUCCUGAGACCCCGCCCCCAUGUCUUUUUCACCAAACUGUCUCUGCCUCUUCCCAGAGAUUCCAGUGGGACUAGAGGCUGAGCACUUUGGGAACAACAUUUAAGGGAAUGUGAGCACAAUGCAGAGUGUCUUUAAAAGCAUGUUGUGAUGUACACAUUUUGUAAUUACCUUUUUUGUUGUUGUAGUGACCAUUUUGUAAAACAUUCCAAGUACUUCCACACUCUGAAG